GUCCGCAACAAGUGAAGAUAACCGUAACUACAAUUUGCAACCGAUUUUUAUUACUAAGACCCUCAAUCUAGAAAUAGGUAGAAAGUAGGUGUUGCACGAACUCAGCAAAUGUAUGACUUUGCAGCUGGAGAUUUGGUUACCACAAUCUGAUCAGAUUAGCGAGGCUGCCAACAAUGAAGAACAACUCAUGGGACCAUUGGAGAUGGUUGUCGGUGUUAGGAUUGAUGUGGCUAAAGAGUGCUGAAGGAAUUAGGUUUGAUCUCGAGCACCGAGAGUGUUUGAUGCAUGAAGCGGAGGCAGAUGGUGAAUUCGUGCACAUGUUUGUGAAGGUUGCCGAAGAACUCAACCCUCCGCCUUUCCGGCACAUAGGAGUGGAUGUCGUUAUCCAAUCUCCUGGAGGCCAUUUCAUUCAUACGGAGAAAUUGAAACAUCAAUCCCAAGUCCAUGCAGGAUUGUUACCAUGGGAAUUUGGGUCUACAAUCAAUUUCACCGCGGUAGAGAAGGGACGCUACAAGAUUUGCUUCCACAAUCGAGGAUCGUGGGUAGAGACUGUGAUCCUCGACAUGCUACACCCAGAUGCUGACUAUCAGGAACCUGUCAAAGACGAGCAUAUACAAUCCCUCAUGAAGCAGAUCAGAGACCUUUCGGAUUCACUCUUGGACGUUGAGUUGGAGCAAGAUUGGCUUGCAUCGCACUUCAACCUGCACGCAACGAUUCUUGGUGACUUGAGCAGGCGAUUGGUGUACAAGGCUGUGCUGGAAGUGUUCGCCAUCAUCGUCGUUAGCGUGCUGCAAGUGAUUCUGCUGCAGCAGUUCCUGCAGAAACAACUCUCAAACAAGCAGAUGUAGGAUGAGCUCAAAGCUCGGCAGAUUCCUCAUAUUGAAUCGCCAUAACGGUAUGUUAAAACCUCCUUAAUUGUCACAUGAAUACUCCAUUUCUAAAUAUUCAUAUAUGCAUGUAUGUGAAACAAGUUGUUACAUUUAAUUUUUGUUAUGUUAUCACUUUGUGAAGUUUGCAAACUGCUCAAGUGAGAAGUUCUUAUAUGUUGAUUUUUGUCGACGUGUCAAGUCUUCAAUGUUCAUAUAUAAAUUUUUAGAACAUUUAAGAUUUCUCGUCAUUGCACCAUCAAUACUCCGAAGCCAGCAUUGUGGUCUUUUUAAGCAUUGAUGUUUUGGAAUUCUAAUUGCAGUGUGCUUUUUGAGAAUUUACUUCUUGAAACAAAAAUACAACCAAAAAAGAACAGUUGCUCAAGACUUCUUAGUUUUAGUGAGUUAUUACAUGUGUUCUAAGCUGUUAAAGAUUAAAUUUUUUCUAUAUUGUGAUGUUCUCUGAGCAUAGACAAUGACAGGAAAUGAAAGAAAGAAAAGGAAAAAAAUUUAUAAAAUAUUUUUUCAAAAUAAUGGUUUGUAACAUAUAUUACAAAGUGCAUUAUUUCUGAGAAAAAUAAGAACAUUACUUUAUCAAAUUUUAAAAUAUAUUAAAAAAUAUUAAAA